GCCGCCAUGGGGCUGGGGCUGCUGUUCCUACUUCUGCUGCUCUGGACUGCAGGGAUCCAGGGGUCUGAGCUGGAUCCCAAUGGGCAACACGUCUGCAUGGGCAGCAGCCCCUCUGCUGAGCUGCAGUGCUGCCCAGGUUGGAGGCAGAAAGAUCGAGAAUGCACCAUUCCUAUCUGUGAGGGACUGGAUGCCUGCCAGAAAGACGAGAUAUGUGUGAAACCAGGCCUCUGCCGAUGCAAACCUGGAUUCUUCGGGGCCCAGUGCAGCUCCCGCUGCCCAAGCCAGUACUGGGGCCCCGACUGCCGUGAGACUUGCCCCUGCCACCCACACGGCCAGUGCGACCCAGCCACCGGCAAGUGCCAGUGCCAAGCGGACCGCUGGGGCAGCCGCUGUGAGUUCACGUGUGCCUGUAGCUCCCACGGCCGUUGCGACCCUGAGACGGGUGUGUGCCACUGCAAUCGGGGCUGGUGGUCAUCCACGUGCCGCCGCCAAUGCCAGUGCAGUUCUACAUCACAGUGCGACCAGACCACAGGAGCCUGUCUCUGCCACUCGGGCUGGUGGGGCCGCCGUUGCAGCUUCCGCUGCUCCUGCAAUGGCUCCCCUUGCGAGCAGCUUUCGGGCCGCUGCAUCUGCCAGCCUGGCUGGUGGGAUUCCGAGUGCCGUCAGAAGUGUCAGUGCGUGCGUGGCCUCUGCAGUGCCACUUCCGGUCAGUGCUCUUGCCCUCCUGGCUUCCACGGCGCACGCUGUGAGCUGCCCUGUGCUCCUGGUAGCUACGGGGUGCAGUGCAGCAAAAGCUGUGGCCAAUGUGAGCAGAAUGCAUCGUGCUCCCCAGACACAGGCCACUGUGAGUCCUGCAAGCCAGGCUGGGAUGGGACCCAGUGCCAGCAGCCCUGCUCACCAGGCACCUUUGGCAAGAACUGCAGCCAGCAGUGCCCUCGCUGCCGGCUUGGGGAGGCCUGUCAGCCAGAGACAGGCCACUGUCAGCACUGUGACCCUGGCUGGCUGGGGCCCAGGUGUGAAGACUCCUGCCCAAUGGGCACCUUUGGGGAGGGCUGUGGCUCUACCUGCCCCACCUGUAUUCAGGGCUCCUGUGAUGCUGUAACAGGAGAAUGUGUCUGCAGUGCUGGCUAUUGGGGGACCAGCUGCAACAGUUCCUGCCCAUCUGGCUUCCAUGGAAACAACUGCUCUAUUCCCUGCCAAUGUACAGAGGGACUCUGCCACCCUGUCUCAGGGGCCUGCCCUUACAGUAAGGAUGCCAUCCUCACUACUGGCAUCCUGGUCCCUCUGCUGCUGCUCCUCCUGGGCAUUGCCUGCUGGGCCUACUACCGCUGGACUACUCGGUUGGACCCCAAGGACAGGCCUGUGAGAGAUGGUGCUGCCUUGUCCAGGAUGAAGCAGCAGGUCUGGGGGGCGCUGACCAGUCUAGGCUCUGCCCUGUCCUGUGGUUCCCUCAGCAGACACAAACUUCCCUGGGUGACAGUCUCUCACCAUGACCCAGAGGUCCCCUUCAACCAUAGCUUCAUCGAGCCACCCUCUGCUGGCUGGGCCUCAGAUGACUCCUUCUCUUCUGAUCCUGAGUCUGGAGUAGAGGACGAAGUUCCUGCCUACUGUGUGCCACCCCAAGAAGGGAUGGUCCCGGUAACCCAUGCAGAGUCAGCAGAGGCCAGCCUGGCUGGUGGCCCCUUCCCUCCCCCAGAGGAUACCUCCACACCAUUUGCUAUUCCACGCACCUCCAGCCUAGCGCGGGCCAAGCGGCCAUCAGUUUCCUUUGCUGAAGGCACCAAGUUUGCGUCACAGAGUUGCCGAAGCUCAGGAGAACUCUCCAGCCCAUUCCGAAAACCCAAAAGGCUCUCCAGGGGGGCCCAACCAGGUCCUGAAGGUCAGGAAGCCAAGGAGUCCGCAACUCUGGAGCAAGGAAACACAGAUGAGGCUGCUCCUGCUAUUGCCAGCCCUGGAGAUUCUGCCAUUGACCACCAGUACUACCUUGAAGACCAGACAGCAGCUGAGUGUGUGGAAGCCAUUGACAGUGGUGUCAAGGAGAACUCAGAUCCUGUGGCCACAAUCUACAUGCUGGCAGGGACGCCCCAGAGAUCUGAGGGUCCUGUCUUGUCUAUCUUUCGGCAUUUUGGUAAUUUCUGGAAAGGUCAGGCAGAAGCUAAGGUCAAGACUGCCAUCCCUAAGCCUCCACGCCGAGCCCUGGGUCAGAACAAGAAUAGCCCUGGGCUGGCCUCUAGUUCUGCCAGUCAGAGGCCUGGUGCUAUUGCUAAGCCACCACGCCGGGCACGGGGUCAGAACAAGGGCAACCCUGGGCUGUCCUCUGGCUCUGCCAGUCAGAGCCUUGGCUUAGCUCCCAAUGCCAAACUCAUUUGUACCAUGGAGUCUAUAGGAGUUAGAUCAGAGGAAGUGUCGAGAGGGGUAGGGGAUGGCAUUGAGAGCUCAGGGAGGGCCCAGGAGCCAGUCAUUGGGAACAGCCCCCCAGAACAAGAUCUCCAAAAGCAGGCAGAAGAGGAAGGGCAGGAGGAGCCCUUGUAUGAGAAUGUUGUACUCGUGUCUGGGCCACCAGAGUCCUAAGGACCCUGAAUUUGGGAACUGAAAGACUGUGGAUGGGUGGAAGGGCAGGGAGGGGGCACCAGAACUACUCAUGGAUCAGAUUAUACUUUGUGAUGGAAAAUGAUCCAGAGCCAGAGCAGUAGAGCCUCUGCCUUGGAGAAGGCCAGAGUUAGAGGCCAGUUGGCUCUGCGCCCUGGCAAUGCUGGAAGCCUGGGCAGAGACCCUGCCGGAUGGGGUCAGGAAGGGGGAAGAGAUGGCUACAGGGACUUUUUCUCUGUUGUUCUAAAUUCUGCCCCAAAGGACUAUUAUUUCCUUCAUUUGCAAAACAUUGUUCUGGAAUUGGAAACAAACUAAAUGUUUGAUGAUGAAGAUAGACUAAACAAAUAUUUCUUAGAAAAAUCGUGUACAAGGAUAAAAUAUUUGUGCUAUACUAAGUAUGUAAAGAGCAAUUUAGAAAUAAGGGUAUACAGCGUAGCUUUUUUUUUUUUUUUUCUUUUUGUGUGUGGUGUUUGGGUUAGAACACAGGGCCUCAGUCAUGCUAAGCAUGAGUAUCACUGAGUACUACUGAGUUACAUUCUCAAUUCCCUGUGUUUCUUUAUUUUUUGAGGAACCAUGGAUUGAACCCAGG